AUGUCUAUGGGUAAUUCAUGGCGGAAAAGACAACUAACAUUGGGCCACAAUAAAAUGAAAUUUACACUUUAAACAUAAUCCAGUCCUCUAAUUCAAUUUGUUUUAAUGGGAAAUUCGUAUAAUAAGAAUAGUCAGUACAAAAACCAAAAGAUUUCCACAUAUGCAGAUCGUGAAGGGCAGGUUUUAACUAGUCAGUUCAGUUUAUCCCAUUUUGUGGGCAACUUGAGUGGACGUUCCUUCGUUAGUGUAACCAGUAACCAGUCUGUGUACAGCGCAUCUCGGCCUUGGUCUCGCGUGUCUCGACGCAGAUGGAAUGAUUCAACUCUAAAAAAUCCUCUUGAGGCAAGCAAAACUGCUUGGCCGGUUGCUCACAAAGAGUCCAUAUUUCUACCUGAAUUCCCCAUCAAAACUGAUUUACUUCAAAAGGACUUUCAAAUACAACACACAAUAGCCAAGGGUGCCUUUGGAGAUGUGUACAAAGUGAAGAAAGUCAGUGAAAACAAAGAAUAUGCCCUGAAAGUCCUUAGUAAAGCUAAGAUCGUAAAUGAGAAUGCAGUUCGUCAAGUGAAAGAAGAAGCUAAAAUACAGACUGCCUGUGGUCACCAUUCAUUCAUAGUUGGUGCAGCAUCUCGUUGGCAAACUAAGAAGAGAAUAUACAUUGUUUCAGAAUACAUUCCUGGAGGUGAAUUGCUGGGCUUGAUAGAGAAGUAUGGAAAGCUACCAGAGGAAAUCGUGAAGAUUUUUGUUGCUGAAAUAGCUAUUGCAAUAGAUUUUCUCCACAACGCCGGUGUGAUAUACCGCGAUUUGAAGCCAGAAAACAUUCUAUUGGAUGCUGAUUGCCACAUUCAACUCAUUGACUUUGGCCUCUCGAAGUGGCUGUCUAUAGGAUCGCGUACGACCACGCUCUGUGGUACACUCAACUAUAUGGCUCCUGAAGUCCUGAGUCGAGAGCCGUAUGGUCACGCCGCGGAUUGGUGGUCGUUGGGAAUCGUAACAUGCAGAAUGCUAACUGGAGAAUUUCCAACACCAUUUGUAAGUGCCGGAUCCAAAACGGAACACGAGGAGACGAUAUCCAUUCAUGUCGCAAACAACGAAUUCAAUAAUAGCAAGAAGAAGAACUCAGACCACUUUAUCCCAAAAACUCUUCCAAAGAGUGCAGACUCCAUAUCGAAUGCCGCGAGAGGUUUACUGAUGAGGUUAUUGGAACGGGACCCUCGCGUCAGGAUGAGAAAUUUGAGACAGCUACAGCAAUCAGCUUUCUACAUGAACUUUGAUAUUGAAAAACUUAAGGAGAAAAAGGUCUCACCUAAAGAACUUCUAGAACAAUAUUAUCCAAAUAAAGAAGAUGACAACAAUGCGUAUCCAGUUCCGGGAAUGGAUUUCAACAUGUUCGAAAGCAUGUCUAUUAGUUAAAUAAAGUUCUGAAUUAUUGUGA